GCUGCCGCCCUCUGAUCUGUAUAAGGUUAGGUGGAUGAGCAGCAGAUCAUGGUCUGAACCCAGUGAUCAUCGAGCCGAAGCAAAGCCUCGUCUAGCUGCUCGAGUGUAGUCCUCUGUUUUUUUUUUUUUUUCUUCCCUGUCUUCUUUCUCUUCUCCUCGGUGAAAUCUGACACAACAUCAGAGGCUUUUCGCUCUAGUUUGGAUGGCAGAUUCAGGCUAAUUGGCCUGCGUGUUUUGCAGUCAAACAGUAUCAAGAGAAAAGAAACAUUCAGCUCAUACUGCAGCGAUUCAGAUGCCUUCAACUUUGAGCGAGAGGGACAACCCCUAAAACCCCGUUUUUACACGAGGGAAAGACACACAGACAUCUCCGUUAUCUUCCACUUUAUGAAAAGGACGCGUCUCGGUGAAAGGUGAUCGGAGAACUGACGGGAACCAUGGCAGCUACUUUAUCGGCGGAUGAAGAACAGGCUACCAGGCAGUUUCUGGAGGAAAUCAACAAGUGGACCAGUCAGCAUGGUGUGUCACCGCUGUCGAGGGAAUUGGCCGUCAAGUUCCUCAUGGCUCGCAAGUUUGACGUCCUCCGUGCCAUCGAGCUCUUCCACAGCUACAGGGAAACGCGUCUUAAAGAAGGAAUCGUCAGACUCCAGCCUCAGGAGGAGCCUCUGCGCUCGGAGCUGCUCAGUGGAAAGUUUACUGUGUUGAGUGUACGGGACCCCUCGGGGGCCUCCAUCGCCUUGUACACGGCUAAACUCCACCACCCCAACAAGACAGGCAACCACGUGGUGCUGCAGGCCCUCUUCUAUCUCCUGGAUCGAGCUGUGGAGAGCUUUGAGACCCAGAGGAAUGGCUUGGUGUUCAUUUACGACAUGGCAGGAUCCAACUACACAAACUUUGAGCUGGACCUGAGCAAGAAGAUCCUCAAUUUACUGAAGGGGGCGUUCCCUGCCAGGCUGAAGAAGGUGUUGAUUGUCGGGGCCCCUGUUUGGUUCCGCGUGCCCUACAAUCUGCUCAGCCUGCUUCUCAAGGAGAAACUUCGGGAGAGAGUUCAGAUGGUAAAAAUGGCCGAGCUGCGCCAACACCUCCCCCGAGACUGUCUCCCCCAGCACCUCGGUGGCCUGCUGCCUCUGGACGCGUACAGCUGGAACCAGCAGCUACUGGCCGGCCAGAAUGGCAGAGUGGACCCCGUGGACGAGCUGGUGGGCAUCCCACUGGAAGAAACUUCCAUUCACGCUCCCGGACCCGAGGCCAUGCGCCCGCAGGAGCUGCUGACGCACCUCGGCAGGCUUCAGCGCUCAGGCAUCCAUCAGGAGUAUGAGGAACUCCGCAAAGAACCUCCGCCUGGAACCUUCCACUGUGCACAAGCAGUCUAUAAUCAGGAGAGGAAUCGCUACGGAGACGUGCUGUGCCUUGAUCAAACAAGAGUUCGUUUGAAACCCAGAAGGAACGAGAGAUCCGACUACAUCAAUGCCAGCUUCAUGGAUGGGUAUAAACAGAAGAAUGCAUACAUUGGUACUCAAGGACCAUUGGAAAGGACCUACAGUGAUUUCUGGAGAAUGGUCUGGGAACAAAACAUGCUUGUUAUCGUCAUGACAACCAGGACAGACGAGGGCAGUCGGAGGAAAUGCGGACAGUACUGGCCACUGGAGGAAGGGGGACAAGAGGUCUAUGGCCAUAUGGCAGUGGUGAACCAAAGAGUGGACCACCACACCCACUACAACCACACAACCCUCGAACUGCACAACACUGAGACAUGUGAACAGAGACAAGUGAGUCAUUUCCAGUACCUCAGCUGGCCCGAUUACGGCGUUCCCACCUCCGCUGUGACUCUCAUUGACUUCCUGGGAGCUGUGAAGAGACAACAGAGGAAAAUGGUGAAGGUUUUGGGACUUAAGUGGACGGGCCACCCGCUGGGACCACCGAUGGUUGUCCAUUGCAGUGCAGGGAUUGGGAGAACAGGUACCUUCUGUGCCCUGGACAUCUGUCUGUCCCAGCUACAGGACGUGGGCUCACUAAAUGUGUGCCAGACGGUGCGACGCAUGAGAACACAGAGAGCCUUCAGCAUUCAAACCCCGGACCAGUACUACUUCUGCUACAAUGCCAUUUUGGAGCACGCCCAAAGACAGGGCCUGCUCCCAGCCAAUCAGUGAGCUUCAGCCCCGACUUCCCGAACCAAUCUGUGAGCCCUGCGAUUUCCGCAGUCGAUCUGUUAACCCCCAGCCGUGUUGUGCGACCAAUUAGUGAAUUCAGGAGAGUAACUUCCUCACAGACGCUGUCAUUUGAAACUAGGCCAUUCUUCAUUGGCAGACCAAGACAAGACAGCGACAGUGAAAGGCUUGAGUGUUGACAUUAUGAUGUUUCAGUCUGAUAACAUUCUGGCUGCCAACAAUGUGACAUUUUGUUUUUUGCUGAACAUAUCUCAGAAAAUACGUGGCAGAGUGAACACACUGCUCUAGUGUUGUGCAGUUUCGUGGUCUGUGGUCAGGGACAUUGGGUGAAAUGAUCGAGGUAAUGCUCAUUGACCUUUUGUUAAUUUAUAUGCCACUUCAAACAAAUGGUUUCGGGACCUUUUUAAAGGAGUAAUUCACCCCAAAAUAAAAAGUCAAUCAUUGUCCCCUUAUCAAGUAUCAGUUAAAAUUCCACUGAAGUUUUCUAUGGCUACAAAACAAUGAAUUUGACUUUUACUUGCAAUUUCAGUCAAAUUCUCAACAUGGCCAUGUCACUCUUCUCCUAACAACUGCUGUAGAAAAGUCCCAGUUUUUUGUGGCCAAAUGAAUUCCCAAUAGACAUAAGUACUUCUUGUACACAAACAAUAUUUUGGUCGGAUGCAUGCGGUGUAAGCACUAAGCUGGGAUGAUGAUGGGAGUACAGUGGGUAACGUUAUGGUUUUUUUUUUUUAAAACAAAUUUUAUUCAUUGGAGUUUCAAGUGAUGAACGAGAAGUUAUGGACACAAUUUUAAUUUUGGGGUGAAAUGAUCCUUUAACCAAGCACACCAUUUUUAUUCCAAACAGAGAGUUUAAUCACCACUCUCAAGCAACAAUAAUAGCGUAGUUUUUUCACCUCCUGUGUCCAGUCAAUGCUGCGUUCACCGCAGUGGAUUCUUAGCACAUGGUUACGUAGAUGGUACGAGCUAGCUCUGCAUCGUCUCAGGAGUGUCGCACUGAACACAAGGAGGUGAGACUACCCAAAAAGAAACUUCAGUUGUCGUAUUUCUUGCAUGAUGCAUUCUCCUCUGCCUCAGUAAAUAUGGCGCUAACGAGGGGAAGAGCACAUCCAAAAUUAUCAGGCUGUAAUCUCCCAAAUGGCUGUUACAUCACGUCUGUGAUCACUCAUUAAACUGCUGUCCAUGUGAAUUCCUCUUUAGUUUUUCGUUUUGUUUUGUUUUGUUUUUCCAAUGUAUCCACUGAAGCCCAGAUGCCUUCCGUCUCACCUAAACAUUGAGAUUUCCUGACCUGCAGUACAGUGACCUGUGUCUAUGACCGCCUUUGCUCACGAGCAGUGCCAUCAUGCUUUAGUGAUUGUGGGAAUGUAUUGCUCAACCUCGCCCACACUUGCAUACACACAUACACACUUGUUUAGAGCAGUCCAUGCUGCGGUGACUAAGCCAUUGAAGCAUACAUCUGUGUAAGUCAUCAGUUAAGACCUCAUGAGUAGUGCAAUACUUUUUUUUUCUUUUUUUUUUUUUUUUUUUUACACAAAUCAUGUGUUAGCACUUUUAAAUAACUAUUCCCACUGUGCUCUGAGAUUAGUCGUUACAGCGAUAGGAUGGGAUGACAGAUAAAACUUAAUAGUAAUUCUGUAGGUCUACACGUGAUGCUGGGAUAACUUGAUUGUUAUUGUUAAAUUUAGUAAUGCUUAAAUAUAAAACAUUUAGUGACAUUUUGGAAUUACUGUAAACGUCUGCAUAGAGCUUUAUUGGGACAAAUCAGGAGGAUUUUACAGGGAAAACCAGAAAUUAAUGAUAGAAUAGCUGAAUAAGCGUGCACAGGUCUGUGCCUACACCCUAUAAAGUCCUUCUUGGGCACUUGAGAGUCAGAAAUUUUGUCUGAAGUAUAUUUUCAUUAUUAUUGUGUUACUUUAAGUUCUACAGACUGUGGUUGUAAUCAGUGCUUUCAUCUGGUCCCAAUGUCUUGCCAUUAUUAUAGAGUACAUGUACAAAUACUGAGUGUCUUUGUGUCAUAUGUUGCAUUAUGUUGUUGCUGGGUGAAAAAAAAAUGUGUUCUUUACUACAGAAUUCAUAUUGAAUUUGCUUGUAGUGAAGCAUUUUUUAAGUCUGCCAUCCUCAUGCACUCUGAUUUUAGAAUUAUUUUUCCUUUCAAUGAUGGACGCAAAAUGUGCCGUAUUUUAUUUUUCUAUUGUAUUCAACAACUGUUUUCAUACAAUUACCCAGGAUUAUACAGUUAUCUACAUUAAUUUUAUAUUUGUUCUGUUAUAACCUAUUACUUUAUCAUUCAUAUGACUAUUGAAUCAAGCUAUACUGUAUUAAAUACAAACCAUGUCAACGUGUA